AUGCACCACCAGCCUAUCACGAACCAAGUCAGGUGCAAGAGUCUGGAAGACGCCUGGCACUUCUGCCGCGCGCGAAUCCUGGGGUCGCCCUCCAGCCAUCAUCCCGUCACCGAGGAUGCGGAGGGACUUGAGCUUCGAAUUGAUCAUCGCUGGCGCAGCUCGGGUGUGGACGUGGAGGGUUCACCUGACAUCUAG